UCAGCUAUAGUCGAUGAAAAAUACAUCAAUCUUGUGUUAGAUUUAGCAGAUUUACAAAAAAAGUCAACUUGGCCCACAAGCCCAACAUUUGGUCACGGUCGAGUGUAUUGUAAUUUAAUAGCUCAUUGUUAACUGAAAAUGAGUUUGCGAGGCAUUGGCUUCCUCCUCCAGUUUUACCUGAUGUUGGCAGCAGCCAUGUAUUUUGAUCUGGGAGAGCAGGAGGAAAAGUGCAUCAUCAAGGAGAUUCCUGAAGACAUGCUGGUCACCGGUCAUUUCUUGUUGGAGCCUUGGGAUUUGAAGAAGUUCUCACAUUCCCCUCACUUCGGCGUCACUGUGACAGUCAGAGACCCAAACCAUGAGGUUCUGAUGUCCAAACGUUACGGUAAAUUUGGUAAACUCAUCUUCACAGCUCACGCCUCUGGUCAGCACUUCCUUUGCUUCCAAACCAACUCCACAAGGUUUGCUGUUUUUGCUGGAGAGAGGCUGAAGCUACAUUUGGACGUUCAGAUGGGAGAGCACUUGAUUGACCCCAACACUGCCAAGACCAAAACCAACUUGCAGAUUUUGGAGGACAGCCUCAGACACCUCAUAGAUCAGAUGAUGUACAUCACCAGGCAGCAGGAGUACCAGAGGGAGAAAGAGGAGGUGUUUCGUCAGAUCAGUGAGAACACCAACAGUAAAGUGCUAUGGUGGGCCGUGGUGCAGACCUCCGUCCUGCUGUCGGUUGGUAUCUGGCAGAUGAAACGACUCAAAGACUUCUUCAUCGCCAAAAAGCUUGUCUGAUGAUGACCUCUGACCUAUCAGCGCUUAGCCUGAUGACCUUAUAGCAUGUCCUGCCCAUACCUGUCUUGGUGUAUAUACUGUAGACUCCAUUCUGUUUGCCUUUAAACACUUUCAAAUCAAAAGCAUAUAGGAUUAAAAGAUGAGUAUGGCUUAAAUAUUGUUAAAAGGAUUUAAGACAGAAAAAAACACACCAACACUGCUUUUAAAAAAAAUUCUGUGUGUAUGAUCUGGAAAAUCUUGUGAAAAACUACAAUAUUUCUAAAGGGUUCUAAUAAAAUCUUUAUUUUCCUUCUUCUAUUCUUCAACUCUGUUGCUCUUUAAUUUGGCUGAAGUUAACUGUAAUCUUGUUUAGAGCUGAUA